CUUUAUUGUUUCACCUUCAAACAGUCAAUGAAAUACUUCACCUAACAAACGACGCAAACGACACAGACUUUUACUUCUUUACUCUCAUCUACUCCUCGCCCUCUCCACACACUUCAGUCGAGCCGAUGCGAUAACACCCACCCCAGUCGCCAACAUGUUUGGGCGGCUGCGCUGCCACUUCUGCGGCCAACGCUCCGACUUCUCAAAAGGAACAACGGAGUUCCAGUGCACGAAAUGUGAAGCGCUCAACUUCUUCGAUGAGAAGGGCGAAGUGGCAGAAGCACCAUCGCACAUCACGAACCCACCAGCACAACAGUACGAACAAACAACAACCGCUCGAUCACCCACACCCUUCGCCCUCACAUCCUCCCACGAACAGCAAAGCAACCAACAACAACCCUUCUGCCAAAGAUGCCUCAACAACCAGCGCAUGUACGUCGAUGCGCUCAACAGCUACCUCCCCGACGACGAUCACCCACGCUUCCAAGAAUACCUCGACAAGCUGCCGCAGAAGAAGGCGGAGCUGGAGAAGAAGUAUCCCCAGGUGUGCAAGGCGUGUGCCCCGAAAGUGCAAGAGAGGAUCCAUCAGGCCGAUUACCAAGGUAUGUCGUGGCAGGCGGCCGCGGCGAUGAAUGAGACACGGGCGAGGAGGGGAAGGGGGGCGGUUGGACGGAGAGAUGAUUGGUGGAAGUGGUUUAUGAGGAUACUGUUACCCCUGGUCGGGGUCAUGGUGUAUGCGAGUUUGGCUGUGCAGGUGGCCUGGCAUCUCUACGGCAUAUUCGACCUCAUCUUCACCGCACCCAGCACAGAUGGACUGGAUGGGAUGGAUCUCAUGUUUGAGCCUACUCACAAGGACUGCUUGAAGCACGGCCUGGCUCAUCAAUUCGAUCCGGCAUGCCACCAACUGUUUGCUGGAACGGUCAAGAAAGCUUUGCUUGUGAGCCUCUGCCUGAUAUGGUACAACCCCGGCCUGAAAGAUUGGUACCACCACACCCACCGCAUCGAAGCCGUGCGAGGCCAGACAGAGCACUUCCGCACUCAAUUCAUCCUCUUGAUUGCCAGAGUCGCCGCUUGGUGGAAUCUGUCCGACCAGAAUGUCGUUGGCGGGACAAGAACGAGUCAGCGCCUCGCCGGCCACGGCCUCAUCAUUGGCUUAAUCAUUCUCGCCCAGUGGAUGAGCGAACUCCCCAUCAAAUCCGAGAAGUGGCGCAUCAAAGGCAAAAUCAUGCCUCGCCCGGACGAAAAGGACGUCUUUGGGGCCAUGGCAGGACCAGCAGACGAACUCUACCCUCGCCAAGCUUCAUCAACGAAUCCCCGCAAGCUGUUCGGCGGUGACCAGAAGCCUUUCCCCAUCGCCAACCUCGCCCCGGUCACGCGCAACACCCGCGGCUACUCGAGGCUCGACCUGCCCGGCAUGCCACCUCCGUCUCCACCCGGCACCGAAUCAGCCUCGGACAACGAAGGCGACGCAAUGGACAUCGACACCCCGCCUCCCAUCUCCCGAACAGCAGGCAUGCCCGGCGCGGCAAUCGACCGCACCUUCCGCCCCAAGACAACGCACCAACCCAAAGCCCAGCCAAGCAGCCUCUUCAGCGAUCCGAAUCUCACGCAACCCUCCAGCUGGGGCGCGGUGCGACACCAACUCUACAAUCUGCAAGACACGCUUCGCGAAUCCGACGAGCGCAAAAAGCAGCGCGAAGAAGAAGAUCAACGCUCUCGCCUGCGCUUCGAGCCGCCGCAAGGCCAACCUAGUCCUUUCCGCGGCACUAUACCGCAAGCUCCUAUGAGCGUGGGCCGACGACUGCGCAACCCCCCUUCACAGCUAUCGUUCAAGCAGGCAUCCGCAAGCAAGCAGCAGAAUCAGAUGAAGCACAUGCGCGAGAUUUUCGAGAGCGGGAGGGUGUUUGGAAGCGCGGGCACUUCUUCUCAGCAGCAGGGAGCCAGGAAAUACGAAGAAGAGACCGAGGACGAAGACUUCUCGCCCGCUAAGAGCCGCACGAGGAUCGACAUGGCUCCAAAGCCUGCUUCGUGGCAUUUGCCCGGUGACGGGCAGGCGACUACAGGGUUAGAAGAGGCGUUGGGUGGGAGGAGUUUUGCGAUUGCUGAUGAGGUGGAUGUGGAUGGUGGCGUUGCUCCUGCUCCUGCUACUGCGGGUGAUGUUGCUACGGGUCCACAGGUUACGCAGCGAGGGCUGUGGCUCUUGUUCCUGGUGACGGUUGUGCCUGUCGUUUUGGCUGUUGCGUGGCGUGUCGAGAGCAUUCGACGGCCGGUUUGUUUGUGGCUUGUUGGGAAGAUGGAGGAAUGGGGCAUUUGAGCGUGGUCUAUGAGGUUGUUUACUUUAAGCGAUGGAGUUAGGUCGGCAGCAUACAGCAUAGCGAUUUGAGUGGCGAAGGGGGCAUUGAAGAUGAUAGUUCUUAGAA